UGCAAAGCAAAGAUCAAUACCAAAUGGCUUCACAAAAUUAAAUAUUUUUGUUCUUCAAUCAAAAUUAUCUGUUCAUAUUUUCAACAACAAAAAAUUAGUUUAACAUGGCAACGUGUAAUAGAAAUUUCAUGGAUGAACUGCAUGGACUCAUUUGUGAAAUAGAGAGCUUAAAACCCGAACCAGAAGUCUGCAACAUUCGAUGUCCUCCUCUGGGCUGUCCCCAAGGACCCUGUCUAGGAAUGUGUUGCAACGAAGGUAUCUGUGACCCAUGUUCUGUUUCAAAGAUGCCAGAAUAUCCUCCUCAACCUCAUCCUCCUCGAUGUUGUGGAACACCAUCUAUGCCCUCUCAAAAAUCUUGUGGAAAAAAAUUAACUAGACCUCAAACCUGCACGCGAAAUCCUUGUGAUAAAAAUUCAAGGUCACUAUGCUACACAACAACUUCCUGCUCACAAUCAAAAUCUAAUAAAGAAUAUACUAAUGGCCAAGAAGGACAUCAUCAAUUAUCAGCUAGAUCUCCAUGUUAUCAUCGACCAACAACGAACAAUAAUUCAUGUGUCAACAAUACUCAAAAACCUACUUAUCCUGCAAUAUUCCGGUCGGUAUAGUGAUUGAUCAGAUUACUUGAUUUAAUUAAAUGAAUGUUUAUUGUAUAAAACUAUUUACAAGCCGCUAAUGUAACAAGAUGUUGUCUGAUAUCUUAUUACUUUUUAAACGAGAAUUGUACUACUGCAAAGUAACAGUAAAGUAUUUUUUAAACUUAAAUUUUUAUUUUAAAAAAGUGGAAAGAUAGGAGAGAGUUU